UACUACAAGAAAGCUGUCGCCGCUUGUCGCGACACAUUCCUGCAGGGAACGCAGUUCGGGUCGGUAUCGGCGGCUGCACCGCUUAUAGCUGGAAUCACCGUCUGUGUAUUAAUUUAAACCAGCGUAUACUCGAUAGAAAGUAACAGUAUCUAAGUCGACAUGCACAACAAAAUCAUCAACCCGUUGACUCUGUUCGCCCUCUUAGAAGCGGUAGCGGCCAGGCCUUUGCUCGUCCAGCACGGCGCCCCGAAACCGUCCAGAUUCGACGAGUACGUGACGGAGCCUCCUCACAUCCUCGGACGAGCCUGGCUGCACGAACAAACGCUCAGCAACAGCGAAGAUGACGUCGCUUCGAACCGAGCUCCGGCCGAACUGGCACCUGCUUAUGGAUUACGGUACCACGACGUAGUCUACGACGCGUCGUCGGAAACGCUCAACCGCUACGAUGGUGGCGACACCCGGGAAGGCACCUACUAUCCGUCCGCUUACCGGGCAGACGGACAUGAACCUUCGGGUUCUCUUGAGAGUUCACUGGCCACGGCAGUUCCCAGUGUGUCUUCCGAAGUAGUCAAGCGGUCGUUGGCGCCUUCCAGUCGCCUAGUCACCGAGGCACCGAGAAAAGCCCCGUUCUCCGUGGGGUACACUCGGGAGCACGAUGACUGGCUCCUGUUGUCUACGUCGCAACACGAUCCUCACUGGGACGACGUGUCCACCUCGUAUCGCGUGCCGCCGUUCACAACGGGGGUCAUGCGCCGAUAAGCUUAAUAUCUGAGCGUAAUGAUGUAUGCCUGCUGUAUAAAUUGUGAUAUUUAUAUUUCUUUUAAAACGCGAUCGGCACCUUUUUAUGUAACCGCGUUCGUAUUCUGUGCCCAUAAAAUGGUUUACCUUAUGCCUCUG